AUGAAGGGUAGGAUAGGGCUAACGUUACCCAGUUGGGAAGGUAGGAGAUCUUACCCGGCGCCAGGGCUCGCAUUUCCCAAAACUAUCUACCUGUAAGCAGUUAGAAUAGAUUACUGUUCGAAGUGCAAUCAUGCGUAACCAGGGUUGGUAAGUUGCUGAAUAAAUAAGCCAAAUAUUAUUAUCAUAACCUUUGUUUCCUUUGUUUGAAACAAAGACAUCAAAGGGCCGUUUAUAACAAUGUUUGGCUUAUUUAUUCAGCAACCUACCAACCCUGUGCGUAACAUUGGCUAUAAAACAAGGGGAUCUCAAUAGUUCAGGGUCAGGUUGUUAAACGCGGCGCAGGUGUGUGUUAGUCGGAAAGACAUAGCUGUGUAUACAUGUGUGUAUAUAUAGGUAGGAAGCAGCAAUAUUGUGUCACAGAUUCUGUUUUAGCGCUUUUCCCCACCCGUCCCCUCCCCAAGGUACGUUUACUCCCUCGCUCCUCGGCUUACGGGCUCGCAUUUCCCAAAACUAUCUACCUGUAAGCCAAUGGGAGCAUGAGGGCAGUUAGAAUAGAUUACUAGUAUGAGCCCACGCUACUAUGGUCAGUCAGUGCAAUACAAUGUUUGAAUUACAUGAAGUAGUGGGCAUUCUAUUAUUGAAAAAAAUUAAAAUCAACAUAAUUUUCAUCGUGAUGAAAUCUGGAUGAAACUAUGCGAUAUAUAGGAUGAUGACAAGGUAUUUUAAAUAAACACAAUCGUACUUUUCUGCCCCCUUUGUCCUCGUUUGCAAUAUUAUCUUGAAACAAAAUUAGGGGGGGGGGUGUGUGGACCAAAAUGCCUGAAUUUUGAUGCCCAAAAUUCUUGUCAUUGAGUGGGAGGGGGCAACAAUUAACGCGUUUUAUUUUAACCAUUUGCCUAUUUUUUAGUAGAAUGUUUCCAUUUUUAUGUAGCAUUGCACAAUUUUUAGACAAAAUCUGCUCGAUUUUUAAGUAGAAUUGCCCGAAUUAAAAAUUAUUGGGAGAUGCCCCACCCGGCCCUCACCUACGCCUAUGGUCUUUGCACAUUGCCAAGCCUUCUAUUGCCCUGUAAUGUUUUGUUUUUUAUUGCAUUCUGUUUCUUAGUGUGGAAGGCCAAACCAAAGCUACCGUUGUCCAACAUGUAACGCCAACAUUGGUGGCGAGGGCUACCAUUUAGCAAUAAACAACAAAGAUGCAUCCAGGUGAGUGUGUACAAAGGUAAUGCAAAUCGGUUUCCAAUAAUUUCGUGCAGGGUGUGUGUGUGUGUGUAAAAUUAUGCUUAUAAAAGUAAAGCAGAAUAUUUAAAGCAAUGUUUUAGUCGUUCCGGAGGUGUUCUGCGUUGUAACAUAUUAAACCAUUAUGCUCAGCGUGGUCAUAUGUUAUUACUCCCGUAAUAGCAUAGUUGCCCAUGUUUCUUUUGUUUCAACAGGGUCGAUUACUAACUAAUCUCCCGCAAUAGCGGGCGAUUAGUUCUAAUCACCCGUUGGCAAGGGUCACACCCUUUGUCUCCCUGCCGACUACGCAUUAGGCAAGUGCCUCACGCACAUAAUCGUGCAAGGAACAGCAACAGUUAGCUCAGAGCCGUCAAUAGUCUAUCAACCGAUCCCUGAGCAUAGAUUAAGUAAGGGCAGAUGUGUAACUUCAGUAAAAAAGUUGUCCCACGGUCGCCAUCUUCCUAGCAAGUAUCGCUCGCGUGAUUAUUCGUCAUUUGGUAGUAGGUCAUUGCUUUCAAAAAUGUUUUCAACACCUUUUCGGCUUUUCUACAACUUUAAUUGCUUUUAACAACUUUAAACAUUCAACAAAUGAUGCUCUUGAUUGUUUAAUCCAGGCACGGUAACCCACGCCCGCGAUCAUUGAUGAACUUUAGACUUCGCUAAUGCUUUCCUUUCCCCGGGUGUAAAUAGCCAGGCGGAAUUAGUACCCUCGCCCUGAGUUUACGCCUGGAACGGCGCUCCGCGCCGUUGGAUCGGGGAAUAUUAAAUCUCUAUAGUUACAAAGCAACAAAAUGUAUGACAGUGUUACCACUUUGAGUGAACCAGGUUCGGUUCGCGGUUGGCUAAUUUUCAACCAAAUACUUCAUGUUGAAAUCAUGUUUGGACACUAAAGUUUGGCAAGCAACGGCGAGGUGUUGCUGCAUGCAUGUAUUUCUAGUAAGUAGUUGUGGCCCCGAAACUUGGCCGAAAAUUUUUUGGCCACUAUUAAGAAAUCUUUGAAUAUAAUCGCUAGCCUAAUUUUAAGCUUAUUUAUCUUGAUUUACUAUACAUAGGCAGGGGUGAAUAUGUAAAACCACGCACAUUUAUACUAGAAAAUACUUACAGUGCAGCAACCCCUCGCCUUUCUUAACAGAUGAAGUAUAAAAACUCCACAUAAAGUAUUUAGACCAUUAUACACAAACAUAAAAACACAACUGAUGCGCUAGCUUAAUGAACGAUAACGUUCGCUGCAAUUACAUAUUAUUAGUCGCUGCGAGGGCGACUAUAGGUUUCGGUCGGCAUUUUUCUCCAAUCUCCAAUCUCCACGUUACAAAGUGGAAUGCUUCAUGUAAGCAUCAACUAUAGUUCAGAAUAGUUUAUAAAGGCUGUUCCGGAAGCGAAAAAAGCAAAUACAUACAGAGGAAUAGCGUAUGGAGUCAACCAAGUGCGAAUAUUCAUAAAAAUCAAACAAAUGCGUGUUUUUGCUGUGUUCACCAGGGGCCAGUUGUACAAGUUCACCUAAUAGUCAAAUUUUCAACCGGCAUAAAAAUGUUUUAAAAGCUAUAAAACUAUUGAUAUAGAGGCUAAAGAUAAUAAAAGAAACUCCAAUUUAUUAAUACUAUAACUUAAUUUGGGUUAUACAAAAUUUACAAAAAUCUAGCAAGUUUUAGAAGGCUUCAAACAAUCGUUACCCAAUGCAUAGCGCUAUCCAUAGUCUAUCAAGGUAUGAUGGUCUGGAAACCAAACAGAAGUUUUUGUUUUAUGUUUUUGUCUGAGUUUAUGUUAAUUUGUGCACGGUCACGGUGAUUAAGCUUGCAAUAGGGAUAGCUAAAAUGAAAUGUGCAACCCGACGAUUAAUAAUAUUUAACUUAAUGAAGUUGAGACAAAGGAUUUGUGCACGGAGAGGUACAGUUCAACAUCAAACAACGACCUUCUAUUUUGUAGCUUUGAAGUUUGGCGGUAUUCCAGACCAUCCUAUCCUGUACAGUAGACUAUGGCUAAAAGUCGGCUCAGAAAUAUUAUAUAGCAUGCAAAGACUGAAAUUCUUGGGUUCACUGCAAGUUAAGGACUGCAAGCAAACGUACACGUCAUGUUAUUUUUAAAAUACUUCUAUAUAUUGCAUGGUGGUUUAAUUUCAAAUAAUUUAUUCAUUAAUCAUUAUGGUGUAAGUUUGAAUUACAAUGUGUGUUUCUUUAUACAGGGUGUCCCAAAAAAGCAGCAAACUAUUGAAAAAACGUAUUGUUAGAAUUUGAAUGCCUUAGCACUAAGCUGAACGCAAAGAUGCGUAAAAUAUUGACAUAUAAAUAUUGACCUAUUAACAAAUUAAAAUAUCUUUGUAAAAUUUGCACAAUUUUCUGCUCUUGAGAAUUUAAAGCAGCUUCUUAAACACUUUCUUUAUGUAUAAAAUUUACUUAUGUCAAGCUUUUAUCACUUGUGUGUUCAGCAGAGUUCCGAGGCAUUCAAAUUCGAACAAUAUGUUAUUUCAAUAGUUUGCAGUUUUUUUGGGGACACCCUCUGUUUUCGUUAUAUCAAACUUCAAAAGUAUCGAUGCUGAUCAGAGCAAAGGAAAAAUGAUUUUCGUUUGUUAAAAGGUAUUUUGCACCGGCAGGGGAUUACGUGGGAAACAUCAAUAAAUGUUGGUCUGGAGCUCAGCAACUGCUAUCAUCGGCAGUUGUUAUGUCUUUCUAGUUCCAAAUAUAUUCGAAUUGAUUUAAAAUAUUAAUACCUGUCAUAUCACUGUAUUCUGUAGUGGGUUGCAGCAGUAAUAAUUCAUUUUAACGCUACCUACUUGGGCAUGAAUCGGCGACUUAAUUUGUCUGUGUAGGCAGGUAUCACAGAAUAAACAAGCCUCUAUUUUAAUAUUCCCAGCGACUAAACGCUCAAUAGAGCGUCUCGUUGAGUUAAGAAUGGCUUAAAAAUUUCGCAGGUAUGAAAAAAAUCGACAACACAAAGCAAGUACGGCAUGGAAUAUUACUACUGAAAUUAUUACACUUACCCAAACCGGCACAACAACGAUUAAAUUAUUAAAAACAUCAACAUCAAAACAAUUAUUACAAAUUUUGUUUCACGGUUGAACAGCCACUAAUUUUUGAAACUGCAGGCUUAUUUCCAGUUAAAAUCGGAGAAAAGAACGUUUUGUACUUUCGUAAAUCUUUUAAAAAAUUUAAAACAAAAAAUUGCUGUAAAACAGCAAAAUACGUCCUUUCAAAAUGAAAAACAAUUAUUUAGCCAGAGCUUGUACUCGCGCAUGCACAUAACGUCAAAAACCGUCCAUGACAUAAACAAAAUGGAGAACAACUUUGCCCUUCGCUAUGUUUUCACAUACCUGGGUAUGAUUAGCCCUGCGGAAUUAGUACCAUCGCACCGGACCUAUACACCCGCUCGGGGAUAAAGAUGUGGUUGUACCAGUGGUGUAGUGGUAAAGAAUCGGAACAGAAAUCCAUGGCUGCAUGCGGAAUCACUGAAUAUUCAUUUCCCCGGGGAUUAAAAUCUAUUUAUAGUAUUAUAACAAACAUAACGGCGAGAUAUCGAGUGUAGUAGGAAUAUUGAAAAAUUAUAUUGUUACACAGUUUGGGUUUUUUUCUUUGUUUUCUUCUAAUUUUGUGGCAAUCAGGCAAGAUCGAAGUAGCACUGGUCACAUUCUUGGCCGUGCCCAAGCUCAACAACAAAAUGUGACAUCCGUACGAAAUUUAACUCACUUGUCAUGUGGUGUCUUACGUUGCCUGACGCAUGUGGCCAUGUUGUUGGGAACAGAUCAGAAUAUUCAGGUAUAUUUGUCAAUUGAACUUGUUAAACAUUUAUAUUGCGCUCGUUGUGAGAAGUUAAAUAUUUAUUUUAUUUUUAUAAUGUUGUAUAAUAUUUUCCUUACAAAUAUUUUCCUACAAUUUUCAGUUAUUGAGCACCCAAAUUUUCUAAACAUAGUGUAAUCUUUAUCAGUAAACUUAGAAAAUUUGGAUGCUCAAUGACCAUUGUCACCUUACGUGUAAGCCGAAUAUGUCUAAGGUGGUUCCCUGCAGUCUAAGACUACGCUUAAGCCGUGUUUACACUACGACGCACUUCGGCCUGGCCUAGGCCAGGAAAUCUGGGCCACCUGUUCUGAUGGACCCAGAUUUCCUGGCCUAGGAAAUCUCGAAGUGCGUUUACACUACACAAAUCUAGCCCGAUGGUAGGCCCAGGCCAGGCUUAGGCUCGUAGUGUAAACACGGCUUUACACUUGUAUCGGAUAGCUUUCUAUAGCGAAAUGGAAAAAAAACAUCUAUCCUCGCCUUUUAGGAACGCUAUUUUCAGAUAAAUUAUUGCAACGGAAAGAUGUUGUUUCGCUCAGCUUCUGAACGUUGUACAUUCUGUGUCUAUAAUAUGGGUGCUCUUUCGCACCGGAACGGAAAUUUAUCUCGUACAGUGUAAACGUAGCCUUAAUGUCCGUUAGUAAUUUUUAUGUGGUCAUGAUUUAUUGAUUUAGGCCUACAUGAGUUAAUAAAUGUACUCUUUGAAGCAUGGAAUAAGUAUAAACCCUAAGAGGCAUUAAUAACGUAAUCUUUGAUCUCGUGCACAUUUUAAUUCCUUAUGAAAUUUCGGUAUACUGUUUUGAAAAUAAAAUAUAUCAAUGUUUUAACCAGAAUAUUGCUGCUGUCAUAAAACCACCAGUUCAUGAUGUUGUCCAGUUUUUAAAAGAACAUAUACAACAUGAUAUAAGAUGUAUAGCAAAAAGUACUGGUAACAAUGAUGAUGAGGCGAUGCAGAUAGUCCAUCUAGUGCUUGUUGGUAUUGUAAACAACCUGGGUCAGCAGGGAGGUACGUUUAAUCCUGUAGAUUUGUAACUGAUUGCACUGGUUUUUUCUAAUAUACUUCACCUGUUCUGUUGCUGUAAAAGUAACAAUUAAUCUAACACGUAUAUAGUGGAUUUAGAAUUUGGAGUCAAGCGUGCAUGUCCUCUCAAAGUCAAAACUCGCAACCAUGCACACGACCUCGAUCUCUAACUGAAAGUCACAAUGGAUGUGUCACUGUUUAUUCGUAGCAUUUUGCAAAACAUAUGAUUGAAUGCCUUCAUUCAUGAUCAGAAAUUGCGAACACAUAUUGAGAGCUAAGAUGAACAUGCGUAGAAUGAAUAUGCUGACAUGUACUGAACAUUAAUGUGGAAAACUGCGUGGUAAAUUAUUUCACUAUACAGUCGGCAAAGUUUCUGAUCAAUUGCAAUGUAAUGUAAUUAUAUUUUCCUACAAAUAUUUCCUUGAGAAUAAAUAAUCAUGACUCAUUAAGUCGCUAGGGAUGAUGUAAUGCUUGUAUGGAGAAGUAUAAAACAGCCAGGUGUCAUAUCGAAGUUAACUGAGUUUUGCGUUACAUAAAAUAUUAACUAAUGACUUUAUUGUAGGUUACGCAAAUAUUGAUGGAAACCUGAUCACCAAAGAUUCAAGAACAACUUGGGAAGAUGCAUUUAUGACCACUUUUUUGACUCCUGUUCUUUCCGUAAGUUUUUACACCACAUAAUCAUACACUAUUACACAUACAGUAUAUUAUCCCAUACCUGUGUUAAAAGCGGCUUUCUGAUUGGUUUAGAGCAGGUGAGCUUGUCGUCGAGCUCACCUGCUUUUUGCCGAGCUCACCUGCUUCUCGCCCGAACUCACCCGCUAAACUGCUUACGUUGCAAUAACAAUAACAAAUAUGGCGGACAAGAUUUAGCCGAUAAACCUAAACUUUAAAGAACUUUUUUCGGUGACUAACAUACUGAGACUGAAGAAAAACCAAAGAAAAAUGCAGUAAAGGUAAUGUAGACGUAGAUAAAGAAGUAUUUUCUUGCCCAGUGAUUUUUUGGCCGGGAAAAUGUUCACAAAACAUCGACGAAUAUAUCGCGAAGAGCUACAAAUGUGUGUAUGGCUCGGUGUAUGGGAUAAAAACCAAACGUACUUGCAGGUUCGGUGAGUCCGGGAUUGGACGCACCUCGGGUGGCUGGAAGUUUCCCGAACUCACCUUGCUUCGCUCGGUAAGUUCGGGAAACUUCCAGCCACCCUCGGUGCGUCCAAUCCCGGACUCACCUCCCUGCAAGUACGUUUGUUAUAUGAUGCUGUGGCAGUCUAUAUAUUCUACAUAUACUUAUAUGUGGAAAAUGAGCACUAAAUUUUCUGAAAAAAUAAUCUAGUUGACUAAAAGUAGCGGGAUAUACCAAGGGGAAACAUAAUUUAAAGGCGAAUAAAGAGAAGAAAUGCCCUUCAAAAGACAUGGGGGAAAAGGGGAAAAAAUACAAAAAAUAUAUAUGAUUUGUUUGAAAUGAAGUUCAAUUGGAUAUCGGGUUCUAAAUAAUUGUUACAUUCUGACGUUCUUAGGCUAUUUCCGACUUGCUCCAGGACAGUUUGGGUCGUAUGGUCCGAGAUGAGAGACUCGGUAUGUAACAAUUUUUUUACAGAGAUUUUUUAUUUUGUUCCAACAGUGAGAGAGAGUUGUGGCAUUUUAUUUUGAUACCUCAUCCACACUCGCAAGUGAGGACAGUCAUUGCAAAAUCCCGGCCUUCCGUGUCAGAUUUCACAUCCAUAGGCGUGAUAUUUACAUUUGAAUCAUAUUUAACCAUCUCAUCUACGUGAUUUCAAACAAAACAUAGGGAGAGUUACGAAAUUUGGUAUGGUCAUUUAAAACGUGGGUGUGGUUUGGGCGUGUCUGGCACAUAGCUGACCAAAUCGUAACUCUUCGGUGACAGCUCAACUUUAAUCAUACCAAAGAGUCUCAGCUCGCUUCUAUAUAAAUCUUGUGUACGUUCCGAAACUUCCAUAGCGAAAUGGAUAGAUGGACGAAUUAACGGUAACAUUUUUACGUGGCCAAAACUUUUAUGUUAUUUUUUACCAGUAAUGCUAACAUAUUCAAAACAGCUUGUAACCCAUCAUUCUUAGAAUUACAGUAUCAGAUCAAAUUCGUUUUUUUACACACCAUUUUGUGUAAUCCGACCAAUUUCUGGGACACACAAACAUGCAUACAUGCACAACAACUAUAUUAACUCUACAUAUAGCCUCUGUGCAUCUCUAAGCUUAAACGAUUAAAAGCCUCCUCAUAAUAUUCAGAUAUCCUUAAAUCACCAGCCAGAAAUACAAUUCGAGUUACUUGACACAGAAGUACUAUAAUAUUUGCAUGGGUUUCCCAUAUUUGAGAGCUCUAAACAAACAUUAUCGAAAUUGUCUACGAAAUUGCAAACAAAGGUUUUCCACUUUUGACUAUUGACUGUUGCAAUUAACACUGUGCGAAACUGAAAAUCCUUGGAUAACUGUCGAUUUUCCAGUAAUUCGCAAUAAUAUUUAAACUUCGUCCAUCUAUAGGCAAUAAUCGUUUGAUGAGGUUGCUGCAUGAACUGGAUGGCCCAAACUAUGAGUCCAUAACCGAACUCGACUCAAUGUGUCCAGCACUAUGGCGAUACCGCAAAAAAAUCACAAUAGAAAAUUUAUCGUUCAAGUUUCAAGAGUAUUCGCAAGGAUGCGAUAAGCCAGAGAGAUGUGAAGUUCUGGCGGAAUUCUUGAAAAAGGUAUGCGAACAAAUAACUCUAGAAGAAUAUGAGAGAAAGUUAUACCUUUGCAUGUUAACUGUUCCAUUUCUGGAAAUAAUAAUUUCGCAUGUAAAAUGUACUUUUCAUAUUUGAAAGAAUACGUGAAAGGGAAAUUUUAUAAGUAGAAAUUUUGAAUUUUACAUAUAAAAAUAUGAACUGCCCGCACGUAAAAUGUUCCAAUUAGAAAAAGAAUUUUACACGUGACAUUAAAUGUAAAAUCUUCGCAACGUAGGGACCACUCCAAUGGUGCUGUUGAGCUUCCUCUUUUGGCCAAAUUUUCAAUUGCUGUAAAUCAAAUAUCGUGGUAGUGCCUUGGGCAUGCCCGGUUGUCAAGAGUCUACAUUUUGGGCAUGCCCUGUUGUGGACAGUCAAAUUUUACACAGCAUCCAACUUGCAAUUCUAAUCAGACUGUACGUAACAAUAUUUUAAGAAAUAGUAAGUCCGUCAUAAUCGGAAUCUCAUGAUUUUAAUUGUUUCAUCGUUCAUUUUGUUGUUUUGUUAUUGUUGUUGUUGUUGUUGUUGUUGUUGUUGUUGUUGUUGUUGUUGUUGUUGUUGUUGACGCAGAAAAAAUGACAACAUUUAGAAAUAUAACGGGAUGUUUCAUUCUCUAGUAGCCACUGACCAUAGGGAAAUUAUAAAAAUCUGAGAAUAAAAUUUGAUUACAAAAAAUUACUAUUGAGAAAUACAAUUUCUCGGUCGAUUUUUAUUUACGUACUAUUGUCCCAACGAACAAUUAUUUAAAUUUUUUUAUAUACUUCUGUAGGAGCAUCAUCUCCGUACGUUGCAAUAUCUUCCAGGUAUUAUAAAACUACAGCGUCUGCUUUUCGAGAAAUUUCAUCGUCGUUUGGAUCGAAAUGAAGCGGAGGAAUUCACUCUGGGAAAAUUCUUGAAAACAUGUAAUUAUUACAUUAACUUUACCUAAUUUAAGUAUGUUAAACUGCGGAAUUUGUAAACCUAAUAUUAAAUUCAAACAGAAAAAUACUUCUAUAGCCAGUUCGUAUAAUGUCCAUGCACUGUGCAGAUUAUGCGGUUCUUAUCGGAAUAAUAUAAUUGCUGUUGAGUUCUGACAUGUAUACGUACAGUACGAAGCUGAAACUGGAAGAUUUGAAACAUUUGAAGUUUCAGAAGCGUUCGUCUUAUUGGCACUACCUACACUGGCACAGACCAUUCAAGAGUAUUGAAAUUCGCCACUUUACUCAUCAUUUGUGUUUUACACAUGGCCGCGAUAGAAGUAUUUGAUCCAAACGAUUUCGUGCAAUAUGAUUCAAACGCUGAACAUUGCUUCGCAAGUGCUCAAAGUGCGAGACAUUUUACCCAUGUUCAAACGGUGAAUAAAAGGAAUCACCAUUCACUGAAAUAAAUGUUUGAAAACAUUAAAGCUUAAAUGCAUUUUAUCCCGUGAGUCUAGCCAUGUUAAAUUUUAUUACAUGUUUCACGCGAAGACGAGCUUAGUUGGUUCCUGAAGCUCACGACCCUCGCUUCCGUGUUACUUAAAGCACGUUGAUGUGGUUGUACAAUUGUAUCAUACUAUCAUUACGUCCUCUUUUUCUUUGUCAAUCGCCAUUUUUGCAUUUACUGUAUCGCCUGUUACUGUGUCGCCGUUUUGCAAUAUAUCCCCAUAAUUGAGUAUCUAUUCAUUUGAGGAAUGUCUUCCAAGUUUUUAUACUUUUUAAUUUUGUCUUCAGCUACUCAAGUAAAAGAACAAUUCAGUGCUUUGGUCAACAAUUUUAAAAUGGCUUGGAAAAUUGUCCGAUUGUCCCUUUCGCAAGAUGGCAAGUAUUGUUUUGAAAUUCUCUAUAUCUUCCAAAACGCAUUAAUUUAUAAGUGCUUUGCCAAUGAAUUCAAUAAUAUCUUUGGUUUAGUCCCUUUAAUAAUAUAUAAGAACUCCCUCAAUAAUAUUCUCCUUACCAAACAAGUAAGAGUUAUAAACCGAGUAGGAGGUUUAUAACUGAUAUAUUGACCCGAGGACGCGUAGCGUCCGAAGGGCAAUAUAUCAGUUAUAAACCAACUUACUCGGUUUAUAACUAACUUAUAUCACACUUGCGGAGGUUUUCCAACAUAUUUUGUCAUUUUCAAAAAUUUUUAAUGAAAAAUUCUCGCGUUUUGUCUACAAGUUUAAUCCAAUCAUUUAUUCAAGGUCUAUAAGCUAGUUAUAAACCUCGGACGAACAAAGAAAACCGACGCAAGUGUGAUAUAAUUACUAAUAAGACCUUUUUAAGUCGUUAAAUAGAUUCGCAUUGUGCGCUUUAUAGGGUUUAAUUUAAAUUAAACCAUUGCGCUCAUGUCUUUUCAACCGAACAACAAUAACAUUCUAUUUCACUUACACUUGGAAACAACCACUAUUGUUAUAUAGCUAUGGUGAACACCAAACAUGAUUGGCUGAUUUGUGGUCACGUGACUUCAGAUAAAUGCAAUGUGUCCCGCCUGGCAACAAGUGAAAAAUUGUUGCCCGCCCCGACCGGCUACUUACAUAAAUAAACAAAAUGGCGGCACAACUAGCAUAAUUAGAAACUACGUUUUCCCAAGUUUGUGUUCAAAUGAAGAAUGUAAAAGAGAAGAAAAAUACCCAACAGGCAACAGAAUAGGCUGCUGAAACCGUUUAAGCAGGUUCUUUUAAUUAUAAACUCGUUUACACUAUAGAGUUUUUGUCACUAAAUCAGUACAAUUGUUGUAUGAAUGUUGUUGAAUGUUAAUUUUUGUUCGUCGCUAAAUAACAAAACGCUUAAUGUCUGUUCCCUCGGGAAAUAGUUAGGUUUUAGUCGGGCAGAUAGAAGGAAAAACUUACUAUAUCGUGGGACAAUUCCAUUUGCCUUCAUAUUGUGUCCUGAAGGCUAGUAAGUACGUUUCUGUAUGUUGGCCGCGUUAAAGGUUCUUGUGGGCUCCUGCCGACACGUUUUUCUUCGAAUUUUGUAUUAAACUCUAUUACAGGUAAAAAAUGUGAAAUUUCAAAUACAUUUCUAACACAAAUGACUUACAUCAUUUGAAAACUUGCAAAAACUACAUAUCAUAUUAGACAUGUAAACGGUUACCCGGGAUUUUGAAGUUCUUCUUUAGUUAUGAGCUGUUGAAUGCGUGUUUUCAGACUAGUACCCAGGAAUUUUGCGAGAUUUUGGUUUAUUUUUCACAUUUAAAACAGCAAUAACUCGAAAACCGCUUGAAAUUCCCAACUAACCAUUUAUAUGUCUUAUAUGUAGUUUUUUGUUAGCUUUCUAUUGAUGCAAGUCAUUUGUAUUAGAAAUGUAUCAGAAAUUUCACAUUUUUUAACUGUAAUAGAGUUUAAUACAAAAUUCGAAGAAAAACGUGUAGGCAGGAGGCCACAAGAAAUUUUAACGCGGUCAACAUACAGAAACGUACUUACUAGCAUUCAGGGCACAAUUUGAAAAAAAAAAUAUGAUAAAAAAUAUGAUUUACAUUAAUUUUUUACCAGUUUCGAAUAUUGGCCGUUAUUAUUGAUUUCCCGAAUCAUUGUGGUUUUUUGGAACACUACCCGUUUUGUCCAAUGAAAAGCCAUGACAAACGAGCUUCUAUACACUUGCUAGUGUUUAACAGAAUUGACUUAUUACCCAAUUACAAACAUGGUCGCCUCUAAUUUCUUCUAAUUUCAUGCACACUGUUGUUGCAGGACAACAACUAAUUUAUCUUUUAUUAUACUGUAGGUCCUUAUUCAAUUUCCCAGGAAAUGUGCCUCAAUGAAGUGACAAAUUCAACACCAAUUUCCAUGUUCUUGCCUGCCAAAUCAGGCCAGGGAAGAUGUGCUUUGGCUUUGAACAAUUUUCUCGUUACCUUACAUAAUGAUUUUAUUGGCCGUUGUAAGAGCUUACUAAAAGAUGAAAGUCGGUAUGUGUUGUAGUAUAGAUGGAUUUUGUCUUGAUAGGAAGCACUUCAGCUAUUAGUCCUUUGCAAUCUAUGUCAUCUUGAUUGAUUUAUAACAAAAGGAUACCACCAACUCUUUAUUGCUGCUUGUUUGUUUCCGUGUUAUCUAGCUAUAGAAAUACUUUCUUCCUUUUUGGAAGAACUCGAAAUUGCAUGGAAACACUCGCCCUUCGAUUUCGUUUUCCUACUGAUCAAUUUCUCCUGUCCACGUGUCUUUAAAAACCUACCACAUGCACUUCUAUUGUCCUCAAUUUGUUUAGGUAUUUGACUCAAGACCUCAUAUUAAAAGUUAGGUGCCGGCUUUUGAAUAUCUACAGGAAAGAGCGGGGCUGAGAAAACACUCAUUUCAGGUUUUGAAUCUAAAAUUCAAGACCCGGUAUUGGUCAAAAUUCAAGACUUAUACCGAGUCGUCAAUUUGCAAUUCAAGACCUGGUAGACCUUGUAAAGGCAAACUGCCGUUGCUACAAAACUCAAGCCCCACAUCUUCCUUUCAAGUAGACAACGCUGCACGUCCCUGAGUCGAGAAAGAGACAACACGCGUGUACCUUGGGCCCGUCAAACUUUUCCAAUUUACCCUAUUUUUAGAGUCACGGAUAGGUAACUUUCCUAAAACAUUACUAUUGGUUAGUUGGGCAAAAUACACGUGAUGGUGAAGGACCAGAUUAUGAAUAAAGCUCUAUAUCUUUGUUAAAAUUAUAUUAAUGGUGUUUUAUAAGUUUGGUGGUGGGUAAUUUUAUACAUAGGGAAGAAUAACUGGAAGGAGGUACACCGGCUCCCAACGAAACGUUGCUAUCGUCAUGGAAAACGAAAAAACCUUAAUUUCAAAGAAUAUUGCUGCAUUGGAAAGACGUAAUUUUUUAAAUUUUUUUUAGUCCACCAGAAAUACCGUUAGCCAAUAUAACUAAGGCUCAUCUUGUGGCAUAUGAUCCAGAAAAGGAUUUCUUACCAAUGAUCCUCGCACACUGUGAUUAUUCUCUUAAAGUUGGUGAGGGAACUACAGUAGAGUUUAACUGGAAGUGUUUGGAAAGACAGCUGGUGGACAGAUUUAUCAGAGGAAGACCUAGACUAAUAUCUUUGGUAAAUACUAACAGUGAACAUAGAAUUAGAAUUUAGAAGCGGGGUGUAUAAAAUUCAUUAAAUUCAUAAAAUUCAAUCAUAGAUUUGGACAAGAAUAAAUAAUAAAUUGCUUAUGUUUAUACAUUAAUGAAAUACUUGUCGAUUCAGCUUCUCAGUAAUUGGCUAAUUUAAAAAACCACGACAAUUAAAAAACUGUUAUUAAGAACCAGGUAUUACUAAAACCAUGGAUGCUUCCUCUCGCGCGAAAAAUCGUAGCAUGUUUUCGCAUCAAAACAUUGCAGACUGCAGUCAUAUUCCUAACGCCGUCACAUCGUCUUCUUUGGAAUGGCGAUGUCUGAUUUCUCCGUGACAAAUUUUGUUGAGAUAAGCUAAUACAAGUUUGAAAUUUUCGCAUUCCUGAAUAUUUUGACAAAAAAACGUUUGAAAUGAAAUGAAACGAUUUUUGCGUGAUGCAUCCCCGGUUUUGAUGAUUUAUACAAUUGUCCAUCAUUUUUUUUCCAUUUUAUUAACUUUACGAGUUGUAUGAUAACACAAAAUUCCAUGCAUAUUUUAAAGCCCCACGUGAAUAUCCCUCUCUAUGUUUUAGCUUGCUGGGCUUGUCAUUUACAAAAUAGCAUAUUAAUAAUAUAUUGGGUUUUUCUAUGCUUUUCUUAGGUUGAGUUGUUUGUGUUUAGUAAGGAUAUUUGUGACGGAGAAGUAUUUAAAGCCUUAAAACAGAAGAUACCUCAGGUAGAUUGA